CUCCAUUCUGCAUUCAUUUUAAUCAUUCGCUCCUUAUUCCCAUUCUUUAUCCAUGUUCGCUCUUUCAUGUAUAUUCUACACUCUUUUAUCCUUUAGCGCCCUCGUCAGCGCCUUCAGCUUCACCCACACAACUCUCUCCGAGUGCGAUGACUUUACUGUCGAAUGGUCCGGUGGUACCGGUCCAUAUCAGCUUCUCGUUGUCCCCUCAUUUGGAACACCAAGAAAUAUAUCCAUACCCCCGUCCGCGUAUUCCAAUGGCCGAGGCAGCUUCACCACCCGACUGGACUUUGCGAAGGACUCUGAGCUACUGCUGACGAUGAGCGAUGCCACAGGCUUUGGGGCUGGAGGCAGUACUCCCGUCCAAAUUGUAGAGGAAUCGCAAGGCGGCUCUUGCGAUACCACAGAUAUAGGCAUCGACUUUCCCUUCCAGCUGAAUUACGCGCUUCAGCAAUGUCGCGGGUUCAUUUUUGAAGGAUUUGAGACUGCUGCACAGCCCGUGACCAUCUGGAUCGUCGUUCCUGGCGGGACUUCGACCACGGUGCAAGUCCCAAUGGGCGCUUCAAGAUAUGAGUGGACCGCCAAUGUGCCGGGUGGUACUUCUGUGAUGUUUUUCAUGACCGACGCGAGAGGAGGGCAAGGAGGAGCAUCCGAUGUCAGAACAGCGAGUCGAUCUGACGACAGGUCCUGCCUUGACGACCAGGCUCUAUCCUCGACGAUGACAUCUUCCACUGCUGCCAGUACUCCCACGUCGUCCACUGAGGACUCAAGGACGGCGUCCCCUACCACUGAGCCUUCAGAAUCAGCGGCUGCCACGGCGGCUGCCUCAGUACCGAUUAGUGCUAUUGCAGGCACUGUCAUUGGAUCUUUGCUGUUCCUUGCUGUCAUCGUCACCUUGGGUCUCUUUUUCCUGAAGAAUUUCAAGAAGAAGCAUGACAGAAUGAAGGACGCAAAGCGCCGGUCAGGGGCCACUGCGUACAGUCAAGACCCCUAUGGCAAUUCGUAUCGUCCACCGUCUUACGGUCCAUCAUCUACCAAUCUGGUAUCUGGUGAAAACCCAUUUGCCGAUUCGACGUCCAACAUCCACUCAGCGUACGCCAACUACUCAUCCUCCGACCCCUUCCAAUCGAGACCUGCCUACCCACCGUCACCCGCACUGCCCACACCAUCGUCCAGUGAUCCAUUCAACCCAUCGGCCCCUCCCAUUUUACCUCCCACACAUAUGAAUGACGGCCGACCGACUUCUCCGACGGAAAGAUCUCAGGGAACUAGUAUGACCUCCGCACAGAGGAAAGCGGCAAUGGCCGGCGAAACGUCCCACAAGCCUCAACGCUUCAUUGUACACACAGAUUUGGAGGAUGCGCUCCCCCCACCCAGCGAAGAUGAAGUUGUCGAGCUGCCGCCUAUGUAUACCGAACGUCGAGGACCAUCCAACUUUACCGUCGCAAACACUACCCCCGAAGAUCUACCCCCUCCACCUUCCGCUACCCACACAUAUUCGUUUUCUCAACCCAAUCGUUCACAACCGUUUUCAUAG